GACGCCUCGCUGCUGCGCAAUGGCCUUGCUGGUCUUGCCUGCCUGCUGGCCUCCCGGGCCAAGGAUGCGGCGUUGAUUCUGCAGAUGUCGGCCGUGCCUUUAUCCGCGGUGCUGAACGCAUUGGCCCGUCCCGUUCCAGGCCCCGAAGGACGCGAGUCCCAGGGCCACGCUGCGGAGUGCCUGCUGCUGGCAGCCAGCGACUCCCGGACUAGACAGAGAUGGAUCGAGGGAGGAGGCAUUGACGUGAUUCUCAACGCGCUCAGCAACACCGAACGAGGAAUUCGUCGAGAGUUGGUGGAUGCGAAGCUGGUUGCCGUGCUGGCAAUCAUGGCCGCUCACAACAAAGACGUCCGAGACGAGAUCUUCGAUCGGGUGGAUUUCAUGAUGGAGCUCCGCUUCGCUGUGGACGUGGCUGGCGAGAGAGCUCGGGCCGCACAGACGCACGAACAGCAGCGGCAGGCGCGCAGGCUCUGUGCUGGCCUGUACGAGAGCUUCGCCGUUCUGGCCAUCCACGGCGAGUUCAAGGAGCGGCUCAUCGCAUCGAAGAAGACGCUGGGUGCCCUGCAGGCCUUGGCGAAGGAGGAGGACUUGGGCGAGGACCCGGCAGUGGGCUUUCAUUUCGCCUCGCUGGUCCACAACCUGUGCAGGUCGCGGGAGGACCGUGUCCGCAUCAAGACGGGCAAUCCGAUGAUCGACGAGCUCAGUGGUGAAGACUUCAAGGCGCUCGAGGAGUUCUACGAGCGAAUGCCGGCAGAAGCGAGGCCAACGCGAUCGGGCGAGGUGGAUCCCGGGGCCCCCCAGUUGGCCCAGCGCUUCCGGACCUGGUGCCUGGAGCGAGGCGAAGCCGGUGGUGCAGCGCUCCUCGUGGCCAAGCUCUGCCGCUGUGUGUCGGGCUCCAUGCAGACGAAGGCGCUCAUCGCAGAUUCCUUGAAACUUCUCUGCUCCGACCAGCAAGAGAGGAAGAUUGUGGCGGCCAGCGGUGGCGUUCGCACGCUGCUUGCUCUGUCGAAUCUGGACCAGGAAUCACGCGAUCCUGGUCGCAAGGAUGCCGAAGAGGGUGCACGAAACGCUGCCAGGCAGGCGUUAGCGCAGAUUCUCAUCGUGAUGAACCCACAGCUUCUGCAGUAUCAGGAGCAGCUUGAUGCUGUCAGGCCGAUGCUUGCAUUGCUGGAGCACCGGCACGAGCUGCUGCAGUUCGAAGGCUGCCUGGCCUUGACGAACCUCCUCUCUGCAAGCGAAGAGCUUCGUUCCUUUGCCUUGCAGUCGGGCGCGUGGAGCAAGUGCAAGGACUUGCUGUUCUCCGAGAACGAGGAGGUUCAGAGGGCCGGCCUUGAAGCGAUGUGCAACCUGACCAUGGCUGAGGAGGUGGCCGAGCGCUUUGCCCUGGGCAAGGCCGAGAACGAGCUGAAGAUCUUUGGCGCGUUUUGUGCAUCCGAGAUCGAGCGACAGCAGAUCGCCGCCACGGGAGCCCUGGCCAUCCUUUCUGGCCUCGACGAGGUUGCCGUCCGCAUCGCCGACUGCGAGCAAUGCCUGGAAGGGCUGCUCCGUGCAGCUCUGGAGUCAGACAUUCCAGCUGUCGAGCUACGUGCAGUUUCUGCUUUGGUGAGCCUACGCCGUGCGGAAGGGGUCAACCAGGAAGUCCGCCGUGCCAUCUUCGCUGCUUCGAGUCUCCGGACGCGCAGGGCGCCGCUGAGGAGGAAGUGCAGCAGGGCUGCUGAGCUACUCCAGCCACUGGUACCCGUGGCCAUGAAGAAGCUGUGCAAGGCACUCCGCGACUGCGUGAGGGCCUCCGCCUUCAGCAUCUUCGAGCGCGGCAAGGGUUGGCAGCAGGGCUACUGGCGGAUGGUCAUGGUUCGGCAGUCCACCGCAGAAGAGCUCCUCGUCAUGGUGCAGACGGCGAAGCUGGAGGAUGCCCAGCGCGAGGCCCUGGCCGCAGAGGUCAUCGCGGCGCUGACGAAGGCCGAGCUGCAGAUCAACGUGGUGUCCAUCUACCUGCAGUUCAACGACGAGAUCUCCGAUGCGGCGCGGCCGGGAGCUCCCUUGAUGCACAUCCAUGGCGAUGCCCAGCUCAGGAUGCAGCUCCUUGGGCUCAGCUUCAACAUCGGCCCUCUCUCCUUCUACCAGGCCAACAGCACCACCUGUGCCUUGCUCUAUGAGCGGGCCCUGGAGUGGCUGAAGCCACAAAACGACGUGGCAGUGCUGGACGUCUGCUGCGGGGUGGGCACCAUCGGCCUCUGUGCCAGCCGCCGCUGCCGCCGGGUCAUUGGCAUCGAGCUGAUCCCGGAGGCCGUGGAGGCUGCGAAGGCCAACGCCGAAUUGAACAAGGUGGAGAACACCGAGUGGAUUGCUGGGGCCCCUCUCGUUGGAUGGAGAUGCGGAUAG